AUGCCCAAAAGACAGAAUAAAUCAUUUGUAUAUAAACCGAGCUUCAGCCCUAGCCCAUCGCUCACGUCCCAAAUCCGUCGAGAUGAUCAACAUAGACGGCCCACCGCUUCCGACGACUCGGAAUCGCCUUCUGUCAACGAUCUGAUCAGCCAUCUUCGGCGUACGCAAGUUUCAGGUGCUUUGGACAAUGGAAACUCUUCUGCAUCGCGAUCCGUCAUCUCCCAGGCAUCGGUUCAUCCGUCUCUGAGGACCCUGCUCGAACUGCCCAAUAACCCGCCACCUCGACCUCGCGCGGGGUCUCGUCGUGCGAUCAUCGGUGGGCGCCCCGUUCGACUUGUGCCAGGGCCUCCUCCUCCGGAUAGCUGGCUCGCGAGGCAUGCAGACACGGGAUGUUUGAGUGGAGGUGGUGCUGGUGGGGUGGCGGGCUCUCGUACUGCUGGACCUCCUGUCAUUCGACUUGACAGGUUACCGGGGGCAAGAUUUCCCAGCGAGUCGAGUCUCGUUCAUGCGGUCCUCAGAUCUAUGGCCUCAAAUUGGGCCUGGCAUCUUGACUAUGAUGGGCCAUUUCUGUGUCAGCUUCCGCUUCAUAUAAGGGAGCUUAUGCUGAGUUACGUCGCUACAUAUGCUGGUCAUGCGAGGACCCAGCCGCUGAAGAGAAUGGGAGGGCUGGCCCCACUAUUUCUCCCUGAACACCAUCUUUCGCAAUAUGCCGUCGACGAAAUGGGUCCAGCCACAGGCUCUGAUGCUGAUGUCCGUCGGCUGGAUAUGACACGGAGUCUAGGAUACUGGACGUCGUUGAAACAGCUCUCAAGCGAGCUUGUCAUCUCCGCCAAGGCAGCAUCGGCGGCACCCAAGUCUGCUGCUCCCAAGAAAGAGAUCCCGACAUCCUGGGACGAAGAGGAUCUCGAUGUGUCUGGCAAUAGCAACGAAUCUUUCAAGUUUGAUGCAGUGCCUGCCAUCCCCAAGGUCUUGAAUCUGACCGCCCGGUUCAGCAAUCUUCGUUACCUGUCCCUCGCGCAUCCAGCAGCGGGCGCUGCAAGUUGGAAUUCUCUGCUCCAUCUCUUGUCGCGUAUAGUUACAAUCACCCAUCUAUCUCUGGCUCACUGGCCCGCUCCAACACGUACACCACAGAACGCUCCCCUACGAAUGAAACCGCCUAACCAUCGCGGGCCAUAUAUGUUGCACGGGGGCACUGAUGAGUACUCAGCGGUCGAGAAUAAUUGGGCCGAAGCAGCAGGCAUUCUGCGCCAGCUAUCUCGUUAUACAUACUGCCUGAAGUGGCUGGAUCUAGAAGGGUGCUCCGACUGGAUCGGUGCUCUAAUCUGGACGGGGACGACGCCCGAUGGGCAACCCUAUCGACCGGGUAGCGCGGGUCCCGAAUGGAACGCAUCCUGGCGGAAUAUCGAAUGGAUCAGUCUGGGUCCUGGGUUCGAGUAUCCUCGGGAUGAAAUGCCGUCGACGCAGACCCCAAUAUACCGAAGUGAUGCUUCCGUCGGUCCUGCCUCUUCGGAUCUGCCUUGGGAUGUGGAAGAGGAGAGAUGGGCUUAUCGUCGAGAAAAGGGACGUCAAGCUUGGCAACAGGCUGUGCUCCAGGCGGAAGAGGUGUGCACUGAGAUACGGUCGGUUAGGAAAGCUGCUCGUGGGAAGUGGCUCCAGGCAUACACUGGAGGACAGACUCAGUCGUGGGAGGUCUCCUGGCCAUGUCGAGGCCCUUGUUGA